UUUUACGUUUUUUCCCUUUUUCUGCCCAUUUUUCUCCCUUUUAACUUUAAACGGAACGGAAUUCACGGGGAUUCGGAAAUUCCUUUUGUCGCUAUAAACCUGGGAUUCUCAAGAAAAGGUCCCGCAAGAUCCCGUUUGAAUCUGCUCUCACCUGCUCUAGUCACUCUCUUACAUCUAGUCACUUUCUUACAAGACUGUUUUCAAUUGACUAAAUAAAACAUUUUUCUAAAUUUCUGGACUUUUCACCUUCAAAUAUUUUUUAGAUUAACAAUGUCAGCGGCGCUAGAAAUGAUUAUGGUCUUAUCAAAAUUGAAUAAUUUACACAGUUUUAUUGAUAGAAUUAAUUGUUAUAAACAAGCAUUCAGUAAUGAUGGAAAUAUUCUUGAAUUAAUCUCAAAGGCAAUAAAUGGUAGUUGGACUAUCCGAUUCGUUAAAGAUGUUUUUGAAAGUUUCGAAAAUGAAGAGGGUGGUGGAUGGAUUUUUGAAAAAUUUACACUUAUAUUUGAUGAAUUUGGUAUUGGAAUUGAUCUCACUUCAAAAUCUGGUACAAAAUCUGGUCUCUCCAUUCAUGAAAAGUUAGUGCAAUGGCUCCAAAAAGAAGGAUUAUUACUCGUGAAAAAUUGCCUCGAAAAACAAAUUGAAUUUUCGUGUAUUAGAGCUAUAAGGGCUUGGGGAAUUGCUAUAAGAAUGUUUGGAUUUGCAGAAAUUCAACCAAGCGGAAAGACUAAUUCGUGUGUCUCUGUUUUUCCUUUGGCAAUUCGUUCAGUGCAUCUAAGUGUCGCGAAAGAGGCUUUUCGCUCCUGGAAAAUUCUUGUAACAGUAUUUGCUAGUGAUCCAAGGUGGAGUAUGCUUGUUCUGUCUUCUGAAAAAAGUGCAAAAAUUGCCAGUCGGCUUGAACUUAUUCUUAAAGCUUUAAAAUACAAACAAGUCCCAGAAAUGGCUAAUGAAAUGUUUGAUUGUUGGUGGUUUUGUUGUAUAUCUCUCGAAUCUCGUCUUUCUAUUCAUUUUGAAGAUGUUGCACACGGUCUUCUUCGUUAUUGUGUUGGGGGAACAACCGAUUAUAAAUCAACUAACGAGGAAUUUUCUAUUAUUUAUCAAAGUGUUAGUGGCCCUUUAGGCACAAAUCUUGUUUCUUUACUUAAUUCAAAAUUGGAAAGGAAAGCUUAUUCGCAUAUUACUUUAAAGGAAAUACCUGAAUUGUGGCCUCGUCUUUUGGAUGUUUUAGAAUCUCUUAUAAUUGUGUCGCCGAAAUUACAUAAUGCAAAACCGUGCGUUUUUGAUAAUCCAAUUGUUCUUGUUGAUCAUAGUGUUUACGCCAUGCAAUGUAUUCGGUUUUGCGACGUUAAAUGCAAUAGAAAGAAAAUAGUUAAAUUUGAGCAAAGAAUUACGAAUUUAUUUGUCACUUUAUUUAACAAUAUUUACAAUCUUUCACCUUCUACUGAUAUAGAUCGCUCAGGCCAAUUAGUUUUGUUUCUUGCACAAUUUGUAGCUUGGACGAAGGAAACAACCAUGCAAUCUGAAUCACUAAAUAAUUGCAUUUCUCAAAUCAAAAAUCGCAACCCAUUUUCACAAAUUGAGCCUGCACACACAUCUUACAUUGAACAACUAAAGGAAGGGCUCGAAAUAUCGGAAGGGAAUACCUCUGUUGUGGUUGACGAAUCCGUAGAAGAUAAGCCUAAUGAAAUAGAAGAAAAUAUUGAAGAAGAAUCUACUGAAGAUGUAAAUAAAAUUGUCAAUGAAAUUAUUGAAGGAUUAAUAGAUAGUUCAGAAAAGGCGAAUAAUUUAAUAAAUGAUGAAUCAACUAAUUUACAAGAACAAAUUUUAUUGAAUACUCCUUCAACUGUUGUGGAAUGCGGUGAGGCAAUACAUAAAAAUUUAAAGGCAAUACAUAAAAGUCCGGCUAGGCGUAGUUUUACAUCUAAAAACGGAGGAUUUGGUUCACCAGGAAUAUUAAGAAAACGAGAACUUUCAAGCGGUACAAGCAAAAGUGUUCAUUGGUCUCCUGUUCUCGUUCGUUCACGUUCAAAAUCACCUGACUCUAGGAAGUUGCAACGUUUAGGCAGCGGCAAAUCUGCUUCUAAUUCUCUUUGGAAUGGACCACCUCUUCGCUCAUUAAACGAGGAAAUUGUUGAACCACCUUCAAAACUUUCUAGAAUGGAGCCGUCGCAUUCAGAGCAAGAACAAGUUGAAGAAAUGUGUGAAAUCGAUUCCGAAGAAACUUGUAAUGGCAGCGAUGGAGAAUUUCAUUGGGUCACUGUCUUUGGCUUUACGCCUGAUUAUCGUGAUGGCGUUUUGGAAUUAUUUUCUCGACAUGGGGAUAUCAUGGCACACCGGGUAUUUUUUAAUUUUAACCUUUAAAUUUAUUUUUUUUGUGGUGUAAGGCGACAAAGGAUGGAAAUUGGGUGCAUAUUCGUUAUUCGUCACCUGUUCAUGCUCGUCAGGCUCUCUCCA